GCUUGGCGGCCAUGCCUCUAAUAGGAAAUGGUAAGUCAUUAGCACGGGAAUCUACGCCGCCGUAUUUACACUAGUGGCCCCCAAACUUAGGCUCUUUUCACCAUUUGCCGGGGUAAUGGCGCAAUGCAACCAGAUAGGGAGAAGCAAAAGCAGACUAGACAAAGUCUCGGGGUUUGACAACAAAAUAUAAAAAUUGGUCGGUUCCCAGCCACCAGCAACGAUUAUAAGUUCGAGGUUUGCUCUGGAUUGGUGACCAUCUAAGCUAUCCGACCAACAUCUACUUCCCCCUUUUCCCUCGUGUUUGUCGUCGGCCACGUCAUCAGAAGUAACCAAGAUACCUUAGCUCUGAGAGUUAAACAUUGAUCUAAACAUGUUUUCAACUCGACUUGGUCCGCUGGCGAGAGGCUGCAUCAACAUCCAGCGCCUCUAUUCCCCCAGACCGAGCGUGAGCUUUGGUCUCCGCCAAUUCUCCAGCUCCCCAGCUCGGCUCCAGUCCAUCCCCCUUCAAAUCCAGGGCCAAGGGACAGGCACGACGCAAAAGAUCUCGGUGCAGGACAAGACCUACACCAUCUCCACCGACACCUACACCGUCCUGGGCGGGACAGACUCGGCCCCGUCGCCGGUCGCCUACUCCCUGGCCAGCCUGAGCUCGUGCAACCAGGUCACCGGAUUCGUCGUCGCAAAGGACCACGGCCUCGAGCUCGGGGAGUGGCACGUCACGGUCCAGGGGGUGCUCCCGACGGCGGUGCUGGUCAAGGGCGAGCAGGGCAACCCGAACUGGGAGAGCGUGGCCCUGAAGGUGCGGGUUCAGACCGACGCCAAGGGCGGCAACGACGAUCCUAAAUUCAAGCACUUUGCUGCCGAGGUUGAGCGCCGGUGCCCGAUCACGCAGCUGUUCAUACGCAGCGGGGUGGAGGUCACCAGUGAGUGGGUGAACGAGCCUCUCUGAGUGAUGGACAGGAGGCGGGCUUGAUUAGGGAGGUGGCGGGAUUUGUAUGUGUUUGCGUUGGGGGGUUCAAUGCUCUAUCUAUCCCAAGGGGAAUCAAGAGCUGAGGGAGGGGUCUAGAUGGACGGUUGCUUCGCCUUGUGUAGGAUCGCGGAUGUCAUAGAAAAGGUCUCAUAGAAUGUUGCUGUUGUGAGCUAAUUACUGUUCAGCUCUAUGUAUCUCUAUGAGUCUAACACACUUUCCAGCCUGCUGAUAGGGUCGAGAGAAUAGGGUAGGAAAACAGAUCAUCCCAAGUUAUUAUACAACACGAAUCUCCAUAUUGACGGUUUCCUUUUUUGUG